AUGGGGAGAUUGAUCAACAUGCAUCAUCUUGACACAAGGCACACAAAGUUGGCAAGGAGGCCACCAGGAAUGGGUAAAUUAAAAGAUCUUCGAGCAUUAACAGAUUUUGUUUUUGGUGAGCAAAAUGGUUCAAGCAUUAGUGAGUUGGGAAAGCUCAAGAAUCAACAUGGAGGACUUGCCAUUUCAAAUUUACAAAAUGUUGUUUGCCAUAGGGAUGCCAAAGAUGCCAAUUUGAAGGAGAAGAUCAACCUUAAGGAGUUGGUGUUGAUAUGGAGGUUUGCUGAAGUAGUAACAGUGGGUGAUGAGUUUUAUGGUCACGGUUAUGCUUCGAGUAAACCAUUUGGAUCACUGGAAAUUCUAAGUUUCGAGGAAAUGCCAGAGUGGGAAGAAUAGUUUUGUUUGAAAGACAGAGCUUUCUGGGUUCUCCAAGAGUUGUGCAUGGAAGAUUGUCCCAAGUUAACCAAGUCUUUGCCCAAACACCUCCCUUUUUUAAUGAAACUUAAGAUUGAGAGAUGUGGGAAGCUUGGAGGCUUGCUUCCAAUGGCACCAGGCAUGUCUGAACUGGACUUAAACCAAUGUGAUGCAUUGCGAUUGGAGCCAUUGCCUCGUGGGCUUCUACAGUUGCAAAUUUACAAAUUGAAUAUCAAUGAUUCCAUAUUGGAGCAGGCGGAGCGACAUUGCGCUUAUCUUAAAAAGUUGGUAAUAUGGAAUUGUUAUGGUCUCAGAUCUCUUCCUGAAGGAAGGGUUGGGGUUUGGAAACACCCCCUUCAGUUACAACCUUUCGAAUCUAUGAUGCAGAGGAGAUAGUCUUUCCCAGAUGCACAUAUAUAUGCUGCCCUCUACUCUUACUGGUCUUCCAAAUCUUACGUUUUUGGACUACAAGGGCCUUCGACACCUCACGUCUCUUCGCAAAUUGGUUAUCUCGGACUGUCCGAAGCUCCAAUCUAUGCCAGCAAAGAUGCCUUACAAAUUGUCCGUUGCUGGAAGAAAUUACGAUGAGAAGGAAGCAUGGAGGAAAAUGGUGUCGGUAGGGGAGAGGAGCAGGCGACGGUGAUUGAGUUGAGUGCCGGCAUUGACACAGAGAAACUCCCCCUAUGGGAAGAGGAGAGGCAGUACGGUAACUGUUACGUCAACUCCAUCUCCUCUCGCGAAAUGGAGUCCCUCACUGCCAUCUGCGAUGCCUUCCUUCCAUCCCUCCACGUCUCUGCCGCUGAUGCUGAUGCAGUCGCAACGUUUUAUCAGUCUUCAGCUUCCAUGGCUGCAACUCCAGAGCGUGUAGGAGGGUUGCUGAGCGAGAGGAUGGAGCAUCCCAAGAAAUGGAUGAUAAGGUUAGCACUGUGGCUGUUGUCAACUUGGCUGGGAACCUUCAUACUCUGCGGACCAAGAAGCCUAUCGACCAAUUUCCCCUUCUUCCAUACUUUCUCUCAGUUGUCUCAACAGAAAAGGGAGGAAAUUCUGCUUUCAUGGUCUCUUAGUUUUUUCUAUCACCUCAGAAUGCUCUUCAAGUCCACGAAGCUUCUCACCCAGCUAGUCUUCUUCUCCCAGGUAGAUGAGAAGAAUCAGAACUUGUCAUGGAAAGCGAUUGGCUACUGCGGACCUGACCCAGAGUUCAAACCUCAAGCCAGUCGAUUGAAGACGUCAACACAAAAUGGUUAUGGAAACUUCAUCUGUAAGGAACAAGAAUGCAAAGAAGAUGGUGAGAAAGAAGAGCCUUUGGGUCCCCUCUGUAGAGGUCUUAUCAACCUAAGACACCCACGAGAAGUUGUUGCAGAUAAUCUACUACGAUUUGGGUUCCCGGUUUCGGUUCGUCCUAAGAAGAUUAAUCCUCCCAACUCAUCUCAUCCUUCUUUAACCAUCAAAUGUGAUGCAGUAAUAGUUGGUUCCGGCUCGGGAGGCGGUGUGGUUGCUGGUGUUCUUGCCAAGGCUGGUUACAAAGUGCUUGUUUUAGAGAAAGGAAACUACUUCGCCAGGAGCAAUCUUUCACUUCUGGAAGGGCCCAGUAUGGAUCAAAUGUACAUGUCUGGUGGUAUGUUGGCAACUGAUGACAUGGGAGUUGUGAUACUUGCAGGCUCUACUGUCGGUGGAGGCUCUACAAUCAAUUGGUCAGCUUCAAUUAAAACCCCACAGCAUGUGAUCAACGAAUGGUGUGACCGCUGUGAGCUGGAGUUAUUUGACAGCAAAUUGUACAAAGAAGCCAUGGAUGUGGUAUGCGAGAAAAUGGGAGUUCAGUCUGAAAUUGUUGAAGAAGGAUUCAACAAUGCAGUUUUGAGAAAAGGGUGUGAAGAAUUGGGGUAUCCCGUAAAUGACAUUCCAAGAAAUUCACCGCCUGAUCAUUACUGUGGUUGGUGCUGUAUGGGCUGCAAAGAUGGAAGAAAGAAGGGUACUUCAGAGACGUGGCUAGUGGACUUGGUAAAUUCAGGAAAUGGUGUAAUUCUUCCUGGAUGUGAGGCCAUUAAAGUUUUACACAAAAGAAGGAAAGGGAGAGGCCGAAAUAGAGCAACUGGGGUUGCUUUUCAGUUGGAAUAUGUAGGGGCAAAAGACAUCUGCAUUGUGGAGUCUAAGGUGACCAUUGUUGCUUGCGGGGCUCUCAGUACUCCACCUUUGUUGAAAAGAAGUGGUUUGAAGAAUGCUAACAUUGGGAAAAACUUGCAUCUCCACCCAGUGGCAAUGGCCUGGGGAUAUUUUCCAGAUGCGCCUUUGUCCAGUGGUUGGCCAGAGAAAGAGAAGAAGAGCUAUGAAGGAGGAAUUAUGACAGCAAUGUCUACUGUUGUUGCAAAUAUGGACAAGUCUGGAUAUGGGGCAGUACUACAGACACCAGCAUUGCACCCUGGCAUGUUCUCAGCAUUAAUGCCCUGGCUUUCUGGUGCAGACAUGAAAAGGAGAAUGCUCAGGUUCUCUAGGACAGCUCACAUAUUUGCAUUGGCAAGGGAUAAAGGGUCAGGACACGUAUAUUCACCAAAUUCAAUUGGUUAUAAGAUGGAAGCCACCGAUGAAGAGAAUCUGAAGAAAGGAUUAGAUAAAAUUUUAAGAAUACUGGCAGCAGCUGGAGCUGAAGAGAUUGGGACACAUCACUGUAAAGGGAAGAGCAUAAAUGUGAAGCAAGCAAGCUCACAUGAGUUCGAGAGGUUUGUCAAGGGGGAGAGUUCGCGGCCAUUAAGAGACUUAAACACACAAAUAUGUUCAGCUCAUCAGAUGGGUAGCUGCCGCAUGGGGAUUGAUCCAAAGCAAUCAGUGGUGAACCAGAUGGGGGAAACAUGGGAGGUAGAAGGACUUUUUGUUGCAGAUUCAAGUGUUUUGCCGACGGCUUUAGGUGUCAAUCCAAUGGUAACUAUUCAAGCUAUUGCUUACUGUACUGCACAGUCCGUUCUUGACGUUUUGAAGAGGAAGAAAAGUAUACACUGAAUCGGCUGUCUCAAUCUUCAACUCUUGUAUGCACCAAUCUUCCCACAUUGAAGAAAACUAAGCGCUUGGGUGCCCGAAGUUGUUGAAAGGGGUUUAAGAAUUGGGUUAAGGGCUUAAGGCCGUGCGGCAUAGAUAUAUACAUACAUAUAUGUAUAUAAAGAAGGCGAUCGUCUGCCAACUAUCUCGCAAAUCUUGGCCAAGGGCGCUGCGAAUGGCCGGACUAUAUAUCUUGAGGAUCUUCCUCCCGGAGGCUCAAGUUACAGCUGCUGGCUGAUGCUAAUGGUGUUUCCUGUUUGCGUGUUUACUGCUAUAGUCUUAGUUGAUUCAACUGUACAAUAAAAAGUUGAGUGCCUCCUUCUACUCCUUUACUAGUUUAUUGCUGGACAUAUUGUGCA